AUGGAGCUGGAAUACGAGCUGCCCAACGCGACCGCGUUCUGGUUCUCCCCGGCUUCCCCCUUCGACAAUUUCUCCAUGGAGACGCCCACCAACGGGUCGCAGAACGCCACAGGCCAACACUUUGACCUGACCAGCAACGCCAUCCUCACCUUCAUCUACUUCGUGGUCUGCAUCGUCGGGCUGUGCGGCAACACGCUGGUGAUCUACGUCAUCCUUCGAUACGCCAAGAUGAAGACCAUCACCAACAUCUACAUCCUCAACCUGGCCAUCGCAGACGAGCUGUUCAUGCUCGGCCUGCCCUUCCUGGCCAUGCAGGUCGCCCUGGUACACUGGCCCUUCGGCAAAGCCAUCUGCAGAAUUGUCAUGACGGUGGAUGGGAUCAACCAGUUCACCAGUAUCUUCUGCUUGACAGUUAUGAGUGUUGACCGGUACCUGGCUGUCGUCCAUCCCAUUAAAUCUGCCAAGUGGAGGCGGCCCAGGACAGCCAAAAUGAUCAAUGUGGCCGUCUGGGGAGUCUCCCUGUUGGUGAUCAUGCCCAUCAUGAUUUACGCGGGGGUGCAGCAUAAUCACGGCAGGAGUAGCUGCACCAUCAUCUGGCCGGGAGAGUCGGGCGCCUGGUACACAGGUUUCAUCAUCUACACCUUCAUCCUGGGCUUCCUGGUGCCUCUCACCAUCAUCUGCCUUUGCUACUUGUUCAUCAUUAUCAAAGUCAAGUCCUCGGGCAUCAGAGUGGGCUCCUCCAAGAGGAAAAAGUCUGAGAAGAAAGUCACCAGGAUGGUCUCCAUCGUGGUCGCCGUCUUCAUCUUCUGCUGGCUCCCCUUCUACAUCUUCAACGUCUCCUCAGUCUCCGUCCUGAUCGUGCCCACGCCUGUCCUCAAAGGCAUGUUCGACUUUGUGGUGGUCCUCAGUUACGCCAACAGCUGCGCCAACCCCAUCCUUUACGCCUUCUUGUCCGACAACUUCAAGAAGAGUUUUCAGAACGUCCUCUGCCUGGUGAAGGUCAGUGGCAUGGACGAGGCGGACCGGAGCGACAGCAAGCAGGACAAAUCCAGGCUCAACGAGACCACGGAAACCCAAAGGACCCUGCUCAAUGGUGACCUGCAGACGAGCAUCUGA